CACAGAGAGAAUCGACAGGAGCAUCAGACCUAACCGUAGAGAGCAUAAUCACGGACGUGGUAUCGGUGAUCAAAUUCAGAUAUAUGGCAACUCUUGAAUAUUCUUUCUACGCAGACCUUGACGAGUUAUCUGACAAUGAAGCAGAACUGGAUGCUAGAACAGAGGAGGAAGACAUUAUUGACAUGGACAUGGAAGACUUAGAAACCCUAAACUAUGAUGAUCUCUCGAGAGUUUCUAAGCUACAGGAAACUCAUAGGUACGCUGAUAUAAUGCAUAAACUGGAACAGGAUCUCGGGAAGGAUUCAGAUGGAGGAGCAGAGAUGGGAACUGUAUUGGAAGACAAGCUUAUCGUUGAUUGCAAUCAGCUCUCAGCUGAUAUCGAGAAUGAGAUUGUGAUCGUCCACAACUUUAUCCGCGACAAGUACAGACUUAAGUUCCCAGAGCUUGAGUCGCUGGUACAUGACCCAAUAGAUUACGCCCGUGUCGUGAAAAAAAUUGCCAAUGAGACAGAUAUAACUCUUGUUGAUAUGGAAGGCCUUCUUCAACCAGCUACUGUUAUUGCUGUUUCAGUUACUGCAUUAACCACAAAAGGGAAACCACUUCCAGAUAGUAUCCUACGAAAGACUAAGAUGGGAUUCUCUACUGCAAUGUCACAGUCUCGUGCGGGUUAUUUGGAGCAGACAGAGAUUUUCCAAAGCACGCCUCCUGAACUUCGAAUGCGCGAUAGCAGACUCUUGGCUUCAAAAUCGACUUUGGCAGCAAGAGUUGAUGCUACUAGAGGAGAUCCAUCUGGAACAAACGGGAAAGCUUUGAGGGAGGAAAUCCGCAAGAAUAUUGACAAGUGGCAAGAACCUCCUCCUGCAAGGCAACCUAAGCCACUUCAUGUUCCUUAUUCUGAGCCUAAAAAGAGAAGGGGUGGUCGUCGUCUAAGAAAAAUGAAAGAAAGGUAUCAAGUGACAGACAUGAGAAAGUUGGCCAACCGGAUGGCGUUUGGUACACCCGAAGAGAGCUCUCUUGGUGAUGGAUUAGGUAUCGGAUAUGGAAUGCUUGGUCAGGCUGGGAGCAAGCUGAAACUUAAUGCUAAGGUCGCCAAAAAGCGACAGUUCACAGGUGGUUCUACUACCUCUGGUUUGACGACAUCAAGUCUGGCUUUCACUCUUGUGCAAGGAAUAGAGUUGUGCAAUCCUCAGGCAUUAGGAUUAGUCAGUGGGAUUCAAAGCACUUACUUCUCAGAGUCGGGAACUUUCUUCAAACUCAAGAAGAUUUAAACUUCUUACACAGAAAGAAACAACUAGAAGAGGACAUCUCCAAUGAACCUAUAUUUCUUAC